UUAGAAUCACAAAAAGUGGAACGAAAGUACAAUGUAGAAUAAAGUAACUUUGUUCAAACUUUUGGUAUAGAAAAAUUUUGAUCUUUGAUCAACUUUUACAGGUUUUUGAAAGUGUAGUAACUCCGAUUAAUUUUAGCUUGGGAACCUGACCAAUACCCAUGUUUAACCAAUAUGCACUGGUUAUGUUUGUACUUGUGUAUGGUUUAACCUCUAAUAUCGGUUAAUUUUGAGUUUAGUGAGAUCAAAUGGAAGCAAGGUAUUUCCGAAUUCUAAGGCUAUUAGGAUUUGGUUACAAAGCCAGAGCUGAAGCAGAUGGUCGCCUCUUGUGCCUAAAACUGGGUUACAGCCAUGAAGUUGAGUUGCCAGUUCCGCCUGAUGUUCGUGUGUUUUGCUUUAAACCUGACAUAAUCUGCUGUGCUGGAAUCGACAAGGCAAGAACGCAUCAGUUUGCUGCUGCUGUUAGGAGUGUUAAGCCACAUGAAACAUACAAAGAAGAAGGUAUACGUUACAAGGAUGAAGUCAUAAAGUUGAAGGGGCCUUCUCUCAGGUGGCCUGCUCUCAGUUAAAGACAAAGAUCCGCUUGAUUUCCGAUCACAAGUUUGUAGAACAGGCUGUUUCCACUUUGUAGCUCUUCAUUUUGCAUUUGAAUUGAUUUCUAAUCUUCAAAUUUUCGUUUAAAACUAGAUUCUAUGCCAGCAGUCUAAAAGAGAGAAACUUGCUACUUCUGGACCUCAUGUCUAAGAUUUAUGACCAAAACGACAAGGCGGCAUGAUAUGAACCUAGUUUUAGCAACAAUGUACUCACUAUCAAUUUAUGUCUAUAAUUAUGGUUAUAAAAUGGCAUCUCAAGCUAGCCAAAAAAUCAUCAUUUACAACUCAAAAUAGCCAAAAAAAUUAUACUUGUAUGAAGAAUUAUAUAUCUGACCGCGUUUUGUAAGCCACACCAUAUGGCCGGACAAAGUAAC